UCCAACUACAGUUGAUAUAACAAGAAGAUGCUCAGAUAUAGAGGAAAGAAGAAUGUGAUAGACAAAGUGAAGGAAUUCGAUGCAUUUCCCAAAGUUCCGGAGGAAUACGUCGACAGUACUCCAGUCGGCGGAACGUUUUCUGUUAUCACUUUUUUUAUUAUACUGUGGUUAAUUUAUAGUGAAGUCACGUACUAUUUGGAUAGUAAUUUAGUUUUUAAAUUCUCACCCGACACUGAAAUGGACGAGAAACUGAGGAUAAACAUUGAUAUAACGGUCGCAAUGCCGUGUUCAAACAUUGGCGCUGAUAUUUUGGACUCGACGUCGCAAAGCGUGUUCGGUUUCGGUGAAUUGACUGAAGAAGAUACGUGGUUCGAGCUUACACAGGAGCAGCAAGAUGCAUUUGAAGCAGUGAAAUACUUAAAUUCAUAUUUAAGGGAGGAGUACCAUUCUGUAUGGCAAUUAUUGUGGAAAAAAGGCCAUGGAUCUGUUCGGGCUACUGUACCAGCUAGGAAAACGAAGCCAAAUAGAAGACCAGACGCAUGCAGACUACACGGUAUACUUACUUUGAACAAAGUAGCUGGCAAUUUUCACAUAACUGCCGGUAAAAGUUUACAUUUGCCCCGCGGUCAUAUUCACUUGAACAUGCUGUUUGAUGAAACACCGCAGAACUUCAGUCACAGAAUACACAGACUCAGCUUUGGCAGUCCUGCGAAUGGAAUUAUAUAUCCGCUGGAAGGUGACGAAAAAAUUACUAAUGAUGAAAACAUGCUGUAUCAGUAUUUUAUUGAAGUUGUGCCAACAGAUGUAGAUACAGCAUUUGAAUCGAUCAAGACUUAUCAGUACUCAGUCAAGGAGUUGGAAAGACCGAUCAGCCAUUCAAAAGGCUCCCAUGGAGUCCCGGGGAUUUUCUUUAAAUAUGAUAUGGCGGCAUUAAAAAUUAAUGUUUACCAAGAGAGAGAAAACUUCCUUCAGUUUAUAUUAAGACUGUUCUCUGUCAUUGGUGGUAUUUACAUUAUUGUAGGUUGCUUUAAUGCUGUAGUACAGAAAGUACAAAACAUAUUUAUUAAGAAAGCAGCGCCAUCUGUGUUAAAUCACAGUCAGACAUUUGAAAAAAGACCAGUUCAAUUAAAUCCGUUGCUAAUGCAGACGGACCUGAAUGUUCCUUUAGGGAUAGUGAAGCAAUGAUAGCAAAGAAUUGUUAGAUGUAAGUUUAUAUACAAACUGAAAUUUGUAUAUAAGAGAUUAUUUUUGUCUAGUUAAUGUAAAAGCCACAACAUAACUUUUA